AUGUUUAUUAUAUCUUCAAAAUCGGUCCAUUCUUGCCACACUCUUCAAACUUUGAUCCGGAUUAUCUCUAUAAGAGAUCUUACCCAGUUUUUUCAGUCACUUUCUCCACAAUCGGUCCUGAAAGCACAACUGAAUGGUGGAAAUAACUGCAAGACAGUCAGUGCUCUAUCACGGAUUCUCGAAGACCAAAGCCGGGCCAGUAUCCUCGAACACAAGCAGGAGCAAGAACGACGUGAACAGGAACGACAACAGCAAGAGAUCCAACGGAUUAUCCUGGCUCAGGCUGCUGCCAACUGCCAGUCUAUGGGCGAGUCGUUCAGCGGCACUUUGGAGCACGACGACAGCAAUGGAUCCCCAGAGCUGGAUGAUACUGGUGUUUUGGACGCAAAUGCGUCUGGUGAUCUGAACGGAGGGCUGGAUAUAGAUGCUGCGGAUUCAAGUGACGGCGGAAGCGGGUUGGGUCCGUCGGACGAGCAAGUGCGAGCUUCUAUGAUUCAUCUACUAAAUCCUGUGCUGGGCAGCGCUUUUGGGAGCUCCAUCAUCGAAGAAGUAAGCAGUGGAAAGCGAAAAGGUGAAGAAGGAGCUAGCAGCGGAUCGUCGAAGAAACAUCGUUGGAUGACAGUGGACGAGCUGGAAGAGAGCCGAUUCGGUCGAAGCAAAAGCUACGGAAGGGUGCACUGCAAAGCCACGUACAAAUGUGCGGUAAGUAACUUCUUUUUUUUCACAUUUCCUUAUAACGAUUGUGUAGUUAAGACCGUAUACCCUGGGUAAGU